AUGGCCGCUUCCACUAGCCCAGCCCAAGUCCAGGGCGACUUCGAGAAGCAGAUACAGCCUGAGAACCAUGUCAUCAAUGAUUUCCCCGACAAGGAAAAGGAACAUGAUUCCGAUGAUGGCUCUGAGAACAUACAGGAUGGUGUCAAGCGUGUCGAGGCCAUCACCAAAGUCUGGUCUCCUGGUAUGAUGUGGGCUGUCUUCAUCUUCCUCUACUUGGUCAACUUUGUCGAUACUCUCCUCCAAGCUGUUCACUCCAGUUUGGUGCCAUAUGUCACUUCUUCGUUCAGCCAGCACGGCCUUCUCGCUAUCACCAGUGUUUUCGGAUCCAUCAUUGCGGGUGUUAGCAAGCUCGCCAUCGCCAAGAUCAUUGAUAUCCGCGGCCGAAACGAGGGGUUCCUGCUGAUGAUUCUGAUAAUUAUCAUCGGGAUGAUUAUGAAAGCCUGCUGCAAGAAUGUUGAGACUUAUGCUGCUGGUCAUACCUUCUACUGGGUUGGCCACGUUGGACUAAGCUACAUCAUCGAUGUCGUUCUCUCAGAUAUGACUUCUCUCCGCAACCGUAUGAUCAUGUUCGGCCUUUACAUGAGCCCCCGGCUUGCUUCCACUUUCGGUGGCCCUAAGAUUGCCGAGUUGUUCUUCAAGCACUCGACCUAUCGUUGGGCUUUCGGAUCUUUUUGUAUCAUUCUUGUCUUCUUCUCUAUCCCCGUGUCUGCCAUUUUCAUGUACCAUGAAAUCAAGGCCAAGAAGCUUGGAUACUUGCCAGAGAAGAGUCAGCGCAGUAUCUGGGACUCAACCAAGUACUACUUUGUCGAAUUUGACAUUGUUGGCAUGAUCCUCACCAUCGCUGGCUUCUCUCUUAUCCUGACCCCCCUCAACAUUGCCACUCGUGCUCCCAACGGCUGGAAGACUGACUAUAUCAUCGCAAUGCUUGUCGUCGGCGUUGUUUGCCUUGCCGGGUUUGCUGCCUGGGAGAAGUGGUAUGCUAAGGUGCCCUACGUACCUUUCAAGUUCCUCAAAGACCGAACUAUCCUCGGUGCUUGCCUUCUAAGCGCUUUUCUCAACAUGUCCAUCUUUGCCUGGGACACUUAUUACAACUCGUACCUACAGGUCGUCCAUGGUCUCAGCAUCGCCACCGCUGGUUAUACAUUGAACGCAUUUUCUGUGACCUCAACUAUCCUGGCGCCCUUCAUCGGACUGUUCCUCCGUUGGUAUGGAAGAUACUACUGGCCUGCAGUCUUCGGUAUUCCAUGGUGUGUCCUUGGCACUGCACUUCUCAUUCACUUCCGACAGCCUGGAAACGACAUCGGUUACCUUGUCAUGUGCCAGGUCUUCCAUGGUGUGUGCGGUGGUAUCUGGGCCAUGGCCGGGCCUCUGGCCAUCAUGACUCAGGUUACCCACCAGGAGAUUGCCGUUGUGCUCGCACUUUACUCUAUGUUCGGCUCCAUCGGCCAGGCCAUCGGUUUCGGCAUCUCUGGUGCCCUGUGGACUAACGAUCUACCCCGAGAGAUGUACAAGGCUCUCCCCCAGGAUGCCAAGAACCAAACCGCUGCCCUCUACGGUGACAUGAAGCUGCAGAUGGCCGACCCCAUUGGCACUCCUAUCCGAGAUGCCGUUGUUCACGCCUACGGAGUCGUACAGCGCGAGAUGGUUAUUGCCGGAUGCGCUUUCUUGCCUUUGAUCUGCAUCUGUGUCAUUGUCUGGCGUAACAAGCCCAUCGACAGACAGCAGACCAAGGGUACUGUCUUUUAG